UUAACACCACUGACGGGAACGUGCUUGUGUGUUGUGAUACCCAAACCAGACAGACAAGCAAGUGAUGAACCCCCUCAAUUUGAGUUAAUGAGCGGUGGAUCCUCAUAUUACUCUGCGGAGCGCUCUCGCUUGUUUUCGUGGUAGAUCGCACCUCCAGACACGACAAAUGAUACGAUGGAAAAUUUAGAAUUGAGCCUGUCAUCACUGGGCACCAUAUCCAGACAUAUUGACAAAAGUCACAACGAACUCAGCCAAUAUUUGGCCAAACAGAUAUGGAGCCAGCAGGACAGGCAGUGUAUCCUGGGAUGUUUGGCUCAGCUUUUGUUGGAGAAGGAUUAUACUUUGCUGAUCGCACGACACCUGCGACCCCUCGUCCUGGAUUUGCUGGAGAGGAACGCGGAGAGGGUCAAAUCGGGGGCCAGGAUCAACCAUGACCUCCACGAGCGCCUGUGUGUGGCCCUCAGCAAGCUCCUCGGCAUCAGCCCGGACGCACAGGCGUUCGCGGCGAGGUACUUCAACGACGCCCCGCCGGUCUUCCAGAGGCUCUUCUUCACCAGCGAGGAGUCCUCGUCGGUGCAGUAUGGACCCAGGAGGAUGAAGCUGCGGGACCUCAUGGGCGCCACCUUGCGCUUCCUGCAGAGCGACUGUGCCAAGUUUCGGGUGCUGUGGGACUGGAGUCCCUGCGUGUCCCAGCUGCUCACCAGUGACAUCAUGGUCCGAGGGUACACGGCCCAUUGUUUGGCACUGGUUUCUCACAUGACUGAUAAUCAGAAAACCAUAUUUCUGAGGAAGGUGCUGUCAAGCGAUGAGAUCCUGCACAUGAAAAUAAAAGCGUUGGAAGAAACCCAGCAGCUGGAGGUAGAAAAAGCCCUAGUCUUAGCCAAUCAGGGCUCUGUGAUGUGGCGCCAGGAAAAAGCCAACAAGUUUACCCGGGGUCAGGUGGUGUCUGAGGAUCUGUCGCAGAACGUCGUGGCCGUCUGCGGCGUGGUACUGCCCAGGAUCGUACCACGACAACCAGAACAGAUGAACCAAAAAGACCUGGUGCUCGUGGACUCAACCUGCCGCAAUCUGAGAAGACUGGCGUUGGCCGUGGCUUCCCAGAAGGCCGUUCUCCUCGAGGGUCCCAUCGGGUGUGGCAAAACGGCCCUGGUCGAGUUCAUGGCCGCUGUCACCGGACACACAAAAACGACAGAAAUCCUCAAAGUCCAGCUCGGGGAUCAGACCGACAGCAAGAUGCUAUUAGGCAUGUACCGCUGCACGGAUAUACCCGGGAAGUUUGUGUGGCAGCCUGGUGCACUGACACAAGCCGUGUCUAAAGGCCAGUGGAUCCUCUUGGAAGACAUCGACCACGCGCCCCUGGAUGUGAUAUCCGUACUCCUGCCUUUGAUGGAGAAUAAAAAAUUAAUGAUCCCAGGACGGGAGGAUUGCAUUGAUGUUGCUCCUGGAUUUCAGUUCUUUGCGACAAGAAGGUUGUACUACAGCGGCGGCAGCUGGUACAGACCACAGAGCUCCCAUGCAGCCCUGCUGGACAAAUACUGGACCAAGCUGCAAAUGGGCAACAUGACACGGGACGAGCUGAAGAAGGUCCUGAUCAGCAGGUAUCCUAACCUGACUGUGGUGGCGGACCGUCUCCUGGAUAUUUACUGUCAGCUGACGGGCGAGAGGCACCCUGACCAGGAGACGAACAGCCUGCGCUCCCCCGACGAGACGCAGCAGCACAGGUCUGAGGACAAGACCUCAUCGCUGGAGGGGAGAGCCCUGUCGCUGAGGGACCUGCUGAAAUGGUGCGAGAGGAUCAGCAGCAACUUUGACAGCUCUUCAUCCGCUACGGCACAACACGUCUUCCUUGAGGCACUUGACUGCUUCACAGCAAUGCUGUCCUGCGCAGAGAGUCGACUGCGAAUGGCUGAGGUCAUUGGAAGUAAACUGAACAUCUCCAAAGAAAAGGCCCAGCACUUUUGCCAGAUGUACCAGCCUGACAUCUCGCUGACCGAGCUGGAGGCCUCAGUGGGCAGAGUGUCUCUGGGUCGAAAGCAGACCGAAGUAGUGCAGCUGAGUGUGGAAAUCCAGACGUUCGCUGCGACCCGGCCCUCUGCUGUGCUGCUGGAACAGCUGGCAGUGUGUGUCACCAAGGGGGAGCCUGUCCUUCUGGUCGGAGAGACGGGAACAGGGAAGACCUCCACUGUGCAGUACCUGGCCAGAGCCACAGGACACAAGUUGCGGGUUGUGAACAUGAACCAGCAGAGUGAUACUGCUGACCUGCUGGGAGGCUACAAGCCGGUCGACCACAAGCUGAUCCUGUUACCUCUGCGGGAAGCCUUCGAGGAUUUGUUUUCCCAGACGUACUCGAGGAAGCAGAACCUGACCUUUUUGGGCCACGUGCAGACCUGCUUCAGGGGGAAACGCUGGCAGGAUCUGCUCAAGCUCAUGGACCAUGUCUGCAAGUCCGCGCUCACCAAGGAGCUGCAGGAGAAGUCCAACGCUGCCUUGCUCCAGGAGCAGUGGGAGGCAUUGGCUGUGAGAUUAAGUCAGACCCAGCAGCAAAUCAGAGCAUGUGAGACAGCCAUGGUCUUCGCCUUUGUGGAGGGUACAUUAGCCCAGGCAGUAAAGAAAGGCGAGUGGGUGCUGCUGGAUGAGAUCAACCUGGCGACGGCGGAGACCCUGGAGUGUCUCAGUGGACUCCUGGAGGGCAGCGGCGGCUCGCUGGUGCUGCUGGACCGCGGAGACACAGAGCCACUCGUUCGCCACCCGGACUUCCGCCUCUUCGCCUGCAUGAACCCUGCUACUGAUGUCGGGAAGAGGAAUCUGCCCCCAGGCAUCAGGAACAGGUUUACUGAGCUCUAUGUGGAGGAGCUGGAGAACGAGAGGGACCUCCGGAUUCUAGUUUCAGACUACCUCAAAGGCCUGAAUCCCCACCGGAGCGUCAUCAGUGGGAUCAUAAAUUUUUACUUGUCGGUACGAAAGGAGGCCAACUCUCACCUGGUGGACGGGACCGGCCACAGGCCUCACUACAGUCUGCGCACUCUCUGCAGGGCGCUGAAGUAUGUGGCAGCCAACCCUUGCAGCAGCGUGCAGCGCUCGCUCUAUGAGGGUUUCUGCCUGAGCUUUCUGACCCAGCUGGACAGAAGCUCCCACCCUCUGGUCCAGAAACUGGUGUGUCAGUACAUCCUGGCAGGGAACACCAAAUGUCUCAAACAGCCCAUCCCGGCACCCCUGGGCCGGUCCUGUGUGGAGAUUGAGGGCUACUGGGUGUCCCAGGGGGAGAUGGAGCCGGCUCUGGACCCCAGCUACAUUCUCACUGCCUCGGUUAAACUCAACCUCCGUGACCUGGUCAGAGUGGUGUCUGCAGGGACUCACCCAGUGCUCAUCCAAGGAGAGACGUCCGUGGGAAAGACCAGUCUCAUCCGCUGGCUGGCUGCGGCCACUGGAAACCAGUGUGUGAGAAUCAACAACCACGAGCACACCGACAUCCAGGAGUACAUCGGCUGCUACUCGUCAGACGACAGGGGCAAGCUGGUGUUCAAAGAGGGCGUUUUGAUCGACGCGAUGAGGAAAGGCUACUGGAUCAUACUGGAUGAGCUGAACCUCGCCCCGACCGAUGUCCUGGAGGCUCUCAACAGAUUGCUGGAUGACAACAGGGAGCUGUUUGUGGCUGAGACCCAGGAAGUUAUCAAGGCUCACCCCAGGUUCAUGCUGUUCGCUACCCAGAAUCCCCCAGGUCUCUACGGCGGUAGGAAGGUGCUGUCCAGGGCUUUCAGGAACCGCUUUGUCGAGCUGCACUUUGAUGAGCUGCCCAGUAGCGAGCUGGAGACCAUCCUUCACCAGAGGUGCAGCCUGCCGCCAUCCUACUGCAACAAGCUGGUCAAAGUCAUGCAGGACCUGCAGUCCUUGCGCAGGGGAUCUUCAGUGUUUGCUGGGAAACAUGGCUUCAUCACGCUCAGGGAUCUUUUCCGCUGGGCAGACCGCUACCGGCUGGAGGAGCAGACGGAGGCCUCGCAGGACUGGCUGCAGCAUUUAGCCGAUGAUGGAUACAUGCUGCUGGCGGGACGCGUGAGGAAGCCGGAGGAAGCUGCUACCAUCCAGUCCAUCCUGGAGAAGCACUUCAAGCGGACGGUGAACCCGGAGAGCCUGUUCUCCCAGAAGCAGGUCACCAGCCACUUCAGUCCCUUCAUUGACAGCAUCGCAGGAGUUCCUGAGGAGUUUCGUCACGUGGUUUGGACACACGGGAUGAGGAGACUUGCUGUGCUGGUGGGACGGGCGCUUCGAUUUGGCGAGUCUGUCCUGCUGGUUGGAGACACUGGGUGCGGUAAGACUACAAUCUGUCAGCUGUUUGCCGCUCUGGCCGGGCAGAAGUUCUUCUCCCUGAACUGUCAUCUGCACAUGGAGACGUCGGACUUCCUGGGAGGCCUGCGACCUGUCAGACACACACAUCAGGCUGACGGUGAGGACGGCCGGCUGUUUCAGUGGCAUGACGGCCCCUUGGUGCUGGCCAUGAAGGAGGGAGGGGUCUUCCUCAUGGAUGAGAUCUCCCUGGCGGAUGACUCGGUGCUGGAGAGACUCAACAGUGUCCUGGAGACAGAGAGGUCCCUCGUGCUCGCAGAAAAGGGCAGCGGGGACAACGACGAAGUGGAGCUGAUCACCGCAGCGGCCGGCUUCCGCUUGGUGGCCACCAUGAACCCUGGUGGAGACUUUGGCAAGAAGGAGCUCUCGCCUGCUCUUAGGAACCGUUUCACAGAGAUCUGGUGUCCUCAGAGCAACAGCCGCAGCGACCUGGUGCAGAUCAUCCAGCACAACCUGCGCUCCGGCCUCUCGCUCGACGGGGGAGACAUCACAGAGCUGAUGCUGGACUUUAUCGAAUGGCUGACCCAGCAAGACUUUGGGCGGCGCUGCAUCCUGAGCGUCCGCGACAUCCUGUCCUGGGUCAACUUCCUCAACACCGUGUGCGAGCGCGACGAGGACGGCUUCAUGACCAUGGGAGCCAUGGAGGACGAAGAGGAGGCAGAGUGGGACCUGAGGCUGGACACGGUCACCGCCUUCAUCCACGCCGCCUGCUUGGUCUACAUCGACGGCAUUGGCUCUGGGACUACCGUGUCCUCUGCGGAUAACGCCCUCUUGGCGCGGCAGUUAUGCCUGGGCUUCCUCCAGCAGCGGCUCAGUAAGACGACCAAGCUGGACCAGGAGAUGCUGGACGCCCUGAGGGUCUACGACACCAGCCUGCCCAGGGAGCCACAGUGGGGCGAUGACUUCUUCGGCAUCGACCCUUUCUACAUCGCCUUAGGACCUCAGAGUGAGAGUCGCAACCUGUCAGACUACGCCAUCGCAGCUGGAACUACGGCCGUGAACGCCCAGAGGCUCCUGCGGGCGCUGAAGCUGCAGAGGCCGGUGCUGCUGGAGGGCUCGCCCGGCGUGGGUAAGACCAGCCUGGUCGCUGCACUGGCAAAGGCUUCUGGGAACCACCUGGUCAGAAUCAACCUUUCAGAGCAAACGGAUGUGACAGACUUGUUUGGCACAGACUUGCCGGUGGAGGGAGGGAAGGGGGGAGAGUUUGCGUGGCGUGAUGGCCCCCUUUUGGCUGCUUUGAAGGCGGGACACUGGAUUGUCCUGGAUGAGUUGAACCUGGCCUCCCAGUCGGUACUCGAGGGCCUGAACGCCUGCUUCGACCACCGAGCAGAGAUCUACAUCCCCGAGUUGGGCAUGAGCUUCCAGGUCCAGCACGAGAAGACCAAAAUCUUCGGCUGCCAGAAUCCCUUCACGCAAGGCGGCGGGCGCAAGGGCCUGCCCAAAUCCUUCCUCAACAGAUUCACUCAAGUGUUUGUGGACCAACUCACCAAAAAAGACCUGGAGUUUAUCGGAGACUCCAUUUUCCCCAACAUUGACAAAGAAAUCAUCGAUAAAAUGGUGGAGUUCAAUAACAGGCUUGCCCAGGAGGUAUCAGUGGAGAGGCGAUGGGGUCAGAGAGGAAGCCCCUGGGAGUUCAACCUGCGCGACAUGUUUCGUUGGUGUCAGCUGAUGCAGGCCGACCAAUCGCCAGGAUUCUUCAACCCGGGCCAGCAUGUCGCCUUGGUUUAUGCUGACCGGAUGAGAACCGAGGCAGACAAGGCCCAGGUGUUGUCUGUGUUCAGGAAGGUGUUUGGAGAAGACUUUGAGCCGUACACAGGUUCACGGCAGUUCCACAUCACUCCUCUCAAUCUGCAGGUGGGCUUCUCGGUCCUGCAGCGGAGCGGUGGAGCGCCCGUGGCGCUGGACCCCCCGCUGUCCAUCACACACCAGGCUCUGCGGCCGCUGGAGUCCCUGAUGAAGUGCGUGGAGAUGGGCUGGAUGUCCGUACUGGUCGGUCCCACAGCCAGUGGGAAGACCAGCCUGGUGCGGCUGCUGGCUCUGCUGACAGGCCAUCGUCUCAGGGUGAUGGCCAUGAACAGCGCCAUGGACACCACCGAGCUGCUGGGAGGCUUUGAACAGGUGGACAUCAUGCGGCCCUGGCAACAAGUGCUGGAGAGCGUGGACUACAUUGUUGCCAUGGUAACGAGGCGCGGCCUGAUGUCGCUGGACGUCGGCAUCCAGGACACAGAGUUCCUACUGAAGACGUGGGGCCUGUUCUGCCGCUGGCUGAAGGAGGAAGGGCUGGAAAGGACCGGAGGGACGGUCAACUCUGAAGCCCUGAACAAACUGGAGGUGAUCAUCCUCCUGCUGCAGAAACUCAACACCAAACUCAAAGUGUUCACAGACAUGUCCAAGCUGCAGAUGGACUUCACGCUGCUCAAAGAGCGUCUGGCCCAGCUGGAGGACGGCUGGACCAACGGAGGCUUCGAGUGGCUGGACGGGAUGCUGGUCCAAGCCCUGCAGGCUGGGGACUGGCUGCUCAUGGACAACGUCAACUUCUGCAGUGCGUCUGUCCUGGACCGGCUGAACGCCCUGCUGGAGCCCGGAGGAUCUCUGACCAUCAACGAACGCGGCGUCAUAGACGGAACGACCCCCAAAAUCGUCCCACACCCCAACUUCAGGCUGUUCCUGACCAUGGACCCCAUGCACGGAGAAAUCUCCAGAGCCAUGAGGAACCGAGGAGUGGAGGUUUACAUCCCAGGGGAGCAUGAAGGAGUCUGCUGGGACACACUGGACCUGAAGACGGUGCUUCACACUGCGGGAGUGACUGGGGAUUGUGUGUGUGAUCUGCUGAUUGAAAUCCAUAAAAGCAUCAAGACUGCUAUCUGGGAUUCCCCUGCCUCCUCUGUGGCCUCGCUGCUCCAUGCGGCCACCCUGCUGUCCUGUCAGCUGCAGAGAGGCGUGGAUCUGCCCAGCGCCCUGCAGCACGCCUGCGGGGAGGCUUACUCCCUCUGCCAGCGCACCACCGCCAGCCAAAAGCAAGCCCAGCAGGUGAUCGAGCAGCACCUGGCCAUCCUGGACACUGAGGACUGGGGCAGCGGGCUGCUGUGUGCCGGGGUUUGGCCCGACGGCUUCCCCUCCGCUCUGCUCUCCACGGAGGAUUCCUGCUUCUCCUCUGUCCUCCGAGAUGGACAGGUCCUCUCAUUCUGCCUCAACACACUCAGUUUGCAGGGCAAAAGGAACCGUCCACUCAGUCUGAGCGACCUGCAGAGGGCGCUGCAGAGUAGCGGUGCACAUGAGGGGCAGGUGUUCUCUGGAGGAGUGGUGGAUCUGGAGGACGGAGACGCUCUGCGUUUGAUCCCCACCGCAGUCCGACUGCUCACCGAGAGAGCCACACACGGGGACUGGAUCCUCCGCAGCAGCUGGCUCUCUCACCUGGGAAAGAGCUACAAAUACGCCCCUGAUCCAGCGCUGGUGCAGGUGGAGGCGGGAAACAGAGCCCUGAAGGCCGUGUUCAGUAGCAAACUCGCUGUGAAGGGCAAGUCCCUCACAGAGUUACUCCAACCUCACAGCACAGAUGAAUACAGGAUCCUGGUGGACAUGCGCUGGAACAAGCAAUACCUGGAUAUUCUGGCCAACAAGUGUAACUUUGAGGAUGAGGAGAGAUACAUGGAGUUUUUGGAGGCACUGAACGCCGUCGCCAACAGGAUUGUCCUGAUGAUGGACAGAGAGGAGCGGUCUGUCAUCUGCACCUGUGCCAUCAAUCUGUCUGCUCAAAACUGUGCCCUGAGACUGGCCACAGCCUUCAGCAAAGGGACUGUGGAUAUCGGCCACCUGCCUCACCCGGUGCUGAUGCACCUGCGAACCUUCUUCGACCUGUGGGACUCGUUCACGCUGCAGGCCAUACAGGGCGGACAGCCGUACAUCUCAGACCACAUCAUGUUCGAGAUCAUGCAGCUCCUGCAGUGGCGGGAUCGUUUCUGGGAUGUUUGCAACACGCUGCCAGCCGACUCUCAGGGCGUCUCCGUCCUGUCUCUGCACUGGCAGUGGGUCCAGAAGCACCUCAUCCUGCGGCUGCCUCAGCUCCUCCUGGGAGACGGAGCCGACACCUUUGAAGGGCAGCAGGAGCUCCAGACGGUGUCUGCAGCGAUCCAGACUGUGCUGUCCACUCCGGUCUCUGUGGCCACGGCCCUGAAAGGCAUCCAGAAAAACCUGGGAAAAACUCUCCCAUUCAAGUUGGAGUCAGUCGCUGAGUGUGCGUCUCGGCUGAGGGUCCUGAGCAAAGCGCUGGACGUUGGCGACCUGAGACUGGACGGCACCGCUGUCCGGUGGAAGCAGGAGCUCGUCCGGCUUCAGGGUGCUGGGCUGGGGCUCGACACCAAGGAAAGCCUGCUGGAGGCCUGGGGCCUCGUCCUGCUGGCAAACAACCAGCUGGACCCCCACAAGUCUGGAGUCCUGCAGAGGCUGGUGUCCUGUGUGGAGCAACAGCAGAAACAGAUGACGUCCAGCGGGCUGAUGCAGGUGCAAACCAUGUCCGAGGAGGAGGAACCCGGAGACGGUGUCCAUCUGUCCAGGGAGGAGCUGCAGCAGCUCGCCCACAGAGCCCAGCUGUGGCCUCUGAUGGAGGAACUGGCCGUACUCAACCAGCUACGACUCAGCACAGACCUGCUGCAGCUGGCUCUCACACAGGGUGACCAGGAGGCCGAGGACAGUCUGCGUCGCGAGCUGUCCCGACAUCUUCGCUUCUGCCUUCAGUCGACGCCGAUGAACGUCAGUCAGCUGCAGCCACUCUGGUUCCUGCUCAGCAGUGACAGGCCAACAGAGGAGCUGCAGUUUGUGUGGUGUGAGCUGCUGUCGGAGGCUCUGGCUGCCCUGUGGACCAGCAGCGUGACCUCUGACCCCGACCGCUGGCUGAAGUGGGACCCCCUCUGCCCUGAAACCCAGACAGUUACCAAGUCACAUCACGGAGCAGAUAACCUGGGCCCGGCCUUGCUGAGUAAAGCGGUGUGGUCACGCUGUAUGCUCGGGGUGCUGAGCAGCAGUGAGAGCGGAGGUCGAUGGGAUCCCACCGGGACAGCGCUCCUCUCCUCCUCCCAUGUCACCCUGGGCGAGUGGAGGGAGAGGAUGCAGCAGCUCCAGGAUAUCACUGCUGUGCUGUGGGACAAUAUGGCCAUCCCUGCCCUGGCUGAGUUCAGGGGCACAGACUUCAGGCUCCAGGGCAUGGUGCUGCGCAGGCAGCUGCAGAGCAUGGCCGACCUGCUGCCUCCCAGCCUGCAGGAGGGCUACAUGGAGAGCUGCGAGAGCCUGGUGGAGGACCAGGACCCUCUGAUAGCCGCUCAGGAGAUCCAGACGGCCUUCAGAGACUUCCUGCCUCCCAACCUGCUCCCCGAGGGCCUUUUGGAGGCCUGCGUAACCUGCCUGCAGCAGUACGUCCAGAACAAGGUCCAGGGCACCAACCUGUUGGUGCGCUCUGGAGUGUUUUGGGUCAACAUGGGCUUGCUCCAGAUCAAAAUGUGGACACCGCAGACCAUAUUUGACCCGGCUGUGAAGAGGGCCUACAAACUCAACUACGCUCAGGAGGAGCUGGCUUUGCUGCAGGAGGAGUGGAGAGGACGCAGCCUGUCGUCCCAGCUGAUGACUGGAGCAGCACUGGAGGAGAGCAGCACUACUGACGGCUUCCAGCACCCUCGAAUCAGGUACCUCUGGAUCCGCAUGCAGCAGGUGAAGGAGCAAAUAGCCGAGCUCUCCAGGAAGCAAGCCUGCCGGCCCCAUGAGCCCCAGUACGGCCGGCUGUUCCAGGAGCUGCAGCACUACCUCUGCAGCAUCGGCCAGGCGUCCGCUGUGGAAGACCUGCUGUCCCACCUGCUGAAGGCCCUGCAGGGAUCCUCCUCCAAGUCGAGGUCGGCCGUCCAGGGUCUGCUGAAGGAGGAGGCCGUGUGGCAGAACUCGCAGCACCGCUUCUCUCAGAGGUUGCAGGAGGAUUACCCCCUGUACCCUGACGUGGUCGGGCCGCUGCGGACAGGCAUCCUCCAGCUCCGACACGGCAUGAGGCUCGUGGCGUCCCAGGUGGCUGCCUCGCUCACGCCCGUACCCGGCCUGCCCAAACUGGUGUCGUGCCUGCUCGCCUUCCCCUCCCUGUCGCCCAGCCUGCCCUCCUACCUGGCCCGGGCUGACUUCCUGUGCUCCAGGACCUGCAUGGACACUCUGCGGGGCCUGGUGAAGUUCCUGCCCCAGCAGGACCCUCAGCGCGUGGUUCCACAGUCUUCCACGUUGCUCCUGAACGCUCUGCUCUAUGUGCAGUGCCACGUUCUGUCUACAGGCGAGUUCAGCGAGGACACGCAAAACCUCUUCAGGCACAUCUGUCAGGCUCUGGUGAAUGAGUGGGACGAGCAGGAGAGACGGAGGAGAGAGAAAGAGCAGCUGGAGGCCAGUCUGUACCGCAACCGCAGUCGACUGCACGGCUCAGGCCUGACGGAAGAUGAGCAGGAGGAGAGGGACUUCAGACGCCAUUUCCCUCAGUUCAACAAGGACUUUGCAGACAUCACCUCCCAGCCCAGCCUGGAGGGCCCAGGAGACGCAGGCCUGGAGGAGGAGGACGAGGAGCAUGAGGAGUCCAGUGACAGCAGCUUCCUGUCCCCGGCCAGCAUGAACACUGUGGUCCAGGUCCACCAGCGCCUGUGUCUGGGAUACGCCCGGUCCCUCUGGUACCAAAGCACAGCCCCAGCCAAUCACAGCAAAGAGCACAUCAAAGCCCUGGUCUCCUCCUAUCAGAUCGCCACCCCUGUGGUGUCGCGAUUCUAUCAUCUGAUGGAUGCUGAGCUGGACCAGCAGCUCACCGGCAGCCAGCUGCUCCUGUCCGCCCUCCUCCAGAACACCGUCCUGGGCUCGGAGGGCCCCGACGGCCUGGCUGUCCACGCGGAGGGGCCGUACGAUUUCUACCAGCAGCCCAACAUGGCCGAGGCCCGUCUCUGCCUUCCUGUCCUGGAGCAGCUGAGCACGGCGGUCAAGCAGAGGCUGGACGAGUGGCCCGAGCACCCAGCUCUAGUGCAGCUGACCGUGGUGAUGGAGAGGAUCAUGUCCUUCAGUCUGGCAAGCCCGCUGGCCAAGUUCCUUAACGGCAUGGAGAUCCUACUCGGUAAAGCACAGGACUGGGAGAAUAACGCCAGUCGCUCAGUGUCUCUGCGGAAGGAACUGGAACCAGUCACCCAGCUCAUCAUCCAGUGGCGUAAACUGGAGCUCAAUUGCUGGUCGAGCAGCCUGGAUAACGUCAUGAAGCGCCACACAGAGAAAUCAACCAGCCACUGGUUCUCUGUCCACCAGCUGAUUGAGAGAUACCUGGAGGAGCAGAGGAUGGGCACCAAUACAGAUGAGGAGGAGGGGGAGCGCCUCUCCCUGUCCUCGGUGUCCUCCACCCUGCAGGCCUUCAUGGAGGGCUCCACCCUGGGCGAGUUCCACACCCGGCUGGCCAUGCUGCUCAGCUUCCACUGCCACCUCCUCCUGGCUCCCAGCCAGCCGGGGCAAGAGCCUUUAUCCAGUCUUCUGUGGAACCUGCACACAUACUACACCCAGUUCUCUGAAAGCAUCCAGGCCAAAAUCACUCAGCUCAGACAGCCCAUUGAGAAGGAGCUCAAGGACUUUGUGAAGAUCUCCAGGUGGAACGAUGUCAGUUUCUGGGCCAUCAAACAGUCGGUGGAGAAGACACAUCGGAAUCUCUUCAAGUUUGUGAAGAAGUUCGAGGAGGCUCUGAAUGGCCCCACUGCGCCCGCUCUGGUGGAGCAGGGAAGCAGCGCCAACCUGGACAGCGUGGACGCCAACCCAGAAGAAACACCCAUCCACCGGGUUCACCAGACACUGAAGAUCACCCUGCCAGGAAAGGGCAGAGAUGUACAGAAUGAGGUCUCAGAGGAAAGCAUCGAGGCUUCGUCUCUUCAGGGCCGUCUGCCUGUUCUGACCAGGAAGAUGAAGAAAAUGUGUGUCCAGCUGGUAAAGAAAAACCCAGUGCCUGAGCUGGCUGAAGACCUGGACAUCUUCACCGGUGAGAUCAUCAGCAACCUGCGAGACCUGCAGAGCCUCACCAUCGACACGUCAGCAGAGAAGGAGAAGCAGAAGGCCGAGGUCAAACACAUCCUGCAGCAGAAGCAGAGAGCUCUGGCCGACCUGUUCAAGAUGCUCACAGAGAUCGGUCUGUCGUACCGUAAAGGCCUGACCUGGAACAGGACGGCUGACCCAGAGGAGAUCCUCUGCAUGCAGCCGCUGCAGAUGACCACCGCCCUGUCUGCUGUCAGGACCCAGGACAAGGCUGAGAACACGUUGUUUACCGAGCUGACGACAGCAUGGGAUGGAUGUCAGAAGUAUUUUUACCGUUCGUGGGCCAGGAGAACGGCUUUGCAAACCGCUCUGCAGAGCGCUGCCAAGGAGCUCGGUGUGGGGAACAUUGAGCGCUGCAGAGGUUUCUCCUCUCACCUCUUCAAGCUGCUGCUCAGACAGAGGCGACGACUGGCCAAGCUCACCGAGCAGUGGGUUCGACUCAGGAGGUUAACAGCCAGCGUUCAGGGUGUCAAGGCCCACCUUCAGAGCCACAGCGGGGACCCAGGCAGCACCCUGCCGCCCCAGGCCUCCCUGCAGGUGUGGGUGAGCCGAGGCCAGGCGCUGGCCGCCCAGUGCGCCACCCUCCUCCAGCAGCUGGCCUGGCUGCUGCAGUGCUGCCCCGAGGACCUGCAGCAGAAAGAGGAGCCGGGCAGCCACGGGCAGCACACCCUGAGGUGCCCGUCCCCCCUGGUGGCACAGCGGCAGCCGCCUGCCUGCCUGAUGCGGAGGGGAGACGCCGCCUGGUGCCAGCUGAAGCAGCGUGUGGCCAACAUGCUGAGGCAGAGCGAGAGCCUGAAGGCAGAGCUGGACGCCGCAGCACAGCAGGACUCACAGGGGGCGCUCCACACCUGGAGCCAUUUCACCCUGUGCUGCUCCGGCUUCGACCAGCUGGCUGCCGUGUCGGCUCAGAUGCCCGGCGUCAAGCAGCUCUUCAGCCCGGCCGUGUGCGUUGGCGGCGCCGACAGCCAGCCGGCCAUCAGCCAGAGCCUGCAGUACGUCAGAGCCGAGGUGGAGGCCAGCGUCACCGAAUUCACGACCUGGAAGACCCAGCUGCUCUCGCUGGGACUCCAACACACAGACCGUCAGCAGGCCUUCUGCUCCGACUUUUCUGCCGAGCUGGAGAAAACCAUCAACUCGGUGCUGUGUGCCGUCCAGACGCUGGUGAAGAGAAGGCAGCGGGAGCAUCGACGGGAGCAGCAUGGAGAAAACACGAGAGAGAGUGAUGAAGAGGAGGACGAGGAGGAGGAGGAGGAGCCUGUGGAGGACCUGCUGAAGCCGGGACACCUGAGCCGGCUGCUGGAGGAGGAGCUGGCAGCCGAGGUGGAGUCUCUGUCCCUGGGCGAGGUGAGCGCUGAGCUGGAGACGCUGCUGAGCCGCCUCAGGACUCACAGGGACGCCUGCCAGCCGCAGCAACUCCAGGAGCUGAACGAGGCUUGCAGGCUGCUGGUGCGUCUGGAGCCCAUGCUGGGCGUUUACUCCGACCUGGUCCGCUACUACCUGGCCGUGUCGCUGGGAGCCCACAGGAGCACCGGGAAGCUGCUCUCCGUGCUCGCCAGCAUCUUCACCGAGCUCGCCCAGAAGGGCUUCUGUCUGCCCCAGGAGCUGAUGGCUGGCGGUGACGGCGAAGGAGCCACGGAGUUUCACGACUACGAGGGCGGCGGCAUCGGAGAGGGCGAAGGCACCAAAGACGUCAGCGACAAGAUCGAGAACGAAGAGCAGGUGGAGGACACCUUCCAGGAGGGGCAGGAGAAGGAGGAACAGCAGGACAAGGGGAAGAUCAAGGCGGAAGACGACGCCAUCGAGAUGUCAGAGGACUUUGAUGGCCAAAUGCAUGAUGGGGAUGAGCAGGAGCCAGGUGAAGAUGAUGAUUCUGAUAGAGAGGAUGAAGAGGAGCUGGAUAAAAAGAUGGGCGACCUCGGCGAAGGCCAGACAGACACUCUGGAUGAGAGAAUGUGGGGGGACGAUGACGAGGAUGAUGACCAGGAAGGAAGUGACAAGGAGGAAGAGUCUGGCCAUGGCAUGGACCAGGGUGAAUCCGAAUUGGUUGCCAAAGAUGACAACUUGGACGCUGCAGAGCCCGAUAAAGACAAGAAAAAUCAGGACAAAGAUGAGCAACUGGACGAUGAGGAGAAAGAGAAGAUCCAUGAACAAGGAGAUCAGAGGGAGUUUGAUGAGAAUGAAGUGGACCCGUACCACGGGAAGCAGGACCAGAGGCCCGACCCCGAGGCCAUGGAGCUGCCGGAGGAUCUCAACCUGGACCAGGAUGAUGACCAGGCUGGAGGCGAGAGCGAGGGAGACGAAGAGAAUCCGUUUGACAUCGACGAGAAGCCGAUGACCCUGGACGAGAAGGAGGACGGACAGAAAGACGGAGAGGAGGAGGAGGAGGGAGCAGAGGGGAUGGAGGAGGACCAACCGGACCAACCGGGAGAGGAGAACGGCCAGGAGCCGAAGACUGAGGAGGAGGAGGAAGAGGGAGGAGAGAGAGCAGAGGAAGACAAAGAGUCUGCGGAGAAAGAAGAGGGAGAGGGGGAGGAAGAGGAGGAUAAGGAUAGAGGACAAGAGGCAGGAAAGGAGGAGGAUCAGGCUAUUCCAAAUGAUAAAGGCCAGAAACCCAAGGAGGAGGAGGAGGAGGAGGAGGGAGCGGGCGAGGAUGAGGAGCAGCCAGAGUCAGCCGAGAGGAAGGAGCACAGCAGCGACGGUCAGACGGGAGAGCAGAACGUCCAGAGCGACACGGCCGUCGAGCUGGCAGGCGAGGCGUCGGAGAAAGACCAAGCGAAAGAGGAGCACGGCAGCGGAGCAGCUGAUGCAAGCGAGUCGGAGGGCCACCAGUCCAAGCUGACGGCGAGAAUGGCUUCACAGAAACAGACUCAGAGCAAGACUCAGAGCUUCAAGAGGAAACCCGGUCAAGCGGACAACGAGCGAUCGAUGGGCGACUACAAUGAACGCAUCAACAAGCGUCUGCGCACCACGGAAAGCAGCAAGGAGCGGACUCAGGACAACAGGCAGAGCGACGCCAAGCAGGAGUCGGACCUGUACGAGCACAUAAAAGAGGGAGAGACGGCCUACGACGCCCAGACAUACGAUGUUGCCACCUCAGACCAGCAGAAACCAGCAGGGCCUCAGCAGGACCAGGACCAAGACGAUGAGGAUGUCGCCAUGGAGACGGAGGAACAAGAAGAAGAGCUCCAGGCUGUUGAAGGCCAGGAGCUGAAGCCCGAGAAGCUAGACUCAACUAAAGCCACACAGAAAGGUCUGGACAGCGGAGAGAUGGAGGCCCAGAAGCAGGCAGAGGGCGAGGAAGAGGAGAAGUGGAAGGAGCGCCAACGUCCCAAAGAUGAAGAGCGACCGGAGAGAAGCUCCGAGUCCACGGUUCACACGGUCCCCGAGCUGCUGCUGGACACCAAGCAGAAACCAGUGCAGGACCCGGAGGAGAUGAGGAGAGAGAUGGAGCUGCAGCUGGAGGCCUGGCAGCGACAGGCUCCAGGGGCCCAGGAGGAGGAGAGCGCGGCAGCCGCCAUGUGGCAGCAGUACCAGACGCUGACCUCGGCCCUCUCCCAGCAGCUGUGCGAGCAGCUCCGACUCAUCCUGGAGCCGACGCAAGCCGCCAAACUCAAAGGUGACUACCGCACGGGGAAGCGUCUCAACAUGAGGAAGGUCAUCCCCUACAUCGCCAGUCAGUUCCGCAAAGACAAGAUCUGGCUGCGGAGAACCAAACCCAGCAAGAGGGACUACCAGAUCUGCCUGGCGGUGGACGAUUCCUCCAGCAUGGUGGACAACCACUCCAAACAGCUGGCGUUUGAAUCCCUGUCGGUGAUCGUCAAUGCUCUCACUCUGCUGGAGGUCGGCCAGGUGUCUGUGUGCAGCUUUGGCGAGACGGUGCAGCUGCUCCACCCUUUCCAGCAGCAGUUCAACGACGAGUCGGGCGCUCGCAUACUGAGACUCUGCCAGUUCCAGCAGAAGAAGACCAGAAUAGCACAGUUUUUGGAGACUUCAGCCAAAAUGUUUGGAGCAGCGCGACAGCAGAUGCCAGGAUCCACAAACUCAGAGAUCGCCCAGCUGCUGCUCAUCGUGUCGGACGGCAGGGGGCUUUUCCUGGAGGGGAAGGAGAGGGUGACGGCAGCCGUGCAGGCGGCUCGCAGCGCCAACGUCUUCGUCAUCUUCGUCGUCCUGGACAACCCCAACUCGAGGGACUCCAUCCUGGACAUCAAGGUGCCCAUAUUCAAAGGGCCGGGCGAGCUGCCGGAGAUCCGCUCCUACAUGGAGGAGUUCCCCUUCCCGUUCUACGUCAUCCUGCGGGACGUCAACGCCUUGCCGGAGACCCUGAGCGACGCGCUGAGGCAGUGGUUCGAGCUCGUCACGGCAGCCGACCAGUAGACCAAUGAGAAGCCAUUUUUUUUAGAAAGGGAGGAGGGAGGGCCGGCAAACAACUGCACAAUGCCACUCUGCUGCUAGCCUCUCAACAGAACUUACAAAAAAAAAAGAAAAAAAAAAAGAGAAAAACAUGGACACAAAAAAGACGGAUUUGCCGCUGUACAUGUGCCUUUAUUUUCUUAUUUUUACUCUAAUUUUAGUAGACUCUGUAGAGUUUGAUAGCAACCUUUGCUGUUUUGUCUUUGUCAUCAGGGGAAUUCUCGAAGUUUCUUUUGUAAUGUAACAAGGAUUGCUUUAACUUGCACGUCUCUGAGAAACGGUAGAAACAAAAAUGUGAUUCCCUUGCGUGUGAAACACCUCAGUGAAGCGUCAGUAAAUACCUCUUUUGUCCCCCCCUGUACAAUAACCCCCCUUUCACGUUUGUGUGGAUGUUUUAGUCAGUGUUACGAGCGUCAUGAAAUCACUCAUCUUCAAUGUGAACACAACAACCGAUGUACAGAGCUGACGGUACAGAGUUGUGGUAUUGUGUUUUUGAACAGCUGUUUUUGCGUAAAAGAACCCCCCUCAUAAUGUCACGGCAUAACAGUAGCAUGUUGGUGUGGUCUCGACUGACAUUUAGAGGAACUCAAAAAAAAAAAAAAAAAUGUGCCUUGGAGAGGAAAACGGUGUUGCAUCUCACUUCACACCUGCGAUGAACGGUCUUAGAGGCGCGGUCACAGCUCUGUAAAGGUCAGGAUUUUUAAGAAAUUCAGUUCUUAUGCACUUUGAAGCACAGGGACUGCAGAUUCCAAUUUUGAUAUAUGCUCCAAUAACCAAUUUUUGUGGUUUCAAGACACAUAUCUGCUGUGUUCAUUUUACAACCAUACUGUGUGUGACUUACACAUCUGCAGAAAGAGAGCGAGGAGCUCAUCACUGUGUCCGUUAGGAGUAGACUCGAGGUGUUUAUGAUUGUGCAUUGAAAUGUUAACCACCAAUGUGUUUUGUAACGUGGACAUAAAUGUAAGCAGGCAUUGGUUAUAUUUAAGAGGUUGUUUCUUCAUGACACCCAUCUAUUAAAACCAUACCAUGACACGAAUGAUCCUGAUAAUAAACAGUUUCAAAGG